GGAUGAGUUCACAGAGUGUUAUGCCUGUAGGACUACUGUUCUGAUCACUCCCACUGGCCACUUGAAGUCUCUUUCUGAUUCUGCCAUUAAUGAUGUCGGGUUCGAAUAGUAUCUUUCCCAGACCUCUACUCAUUCCAGGUCGUGAUCAAAAGCUUCCUUCCCUACCACUCGAGUCACUUGCUAUAUCACCGCCACCAUCGCCUCCCAAGAAUACCAUCAAUAUUGUGCUAGAUACCCACUCUAAUGACGGACCGCAGUUACCUCCAAUCCCAAGCAUGGCAUCUCUAGGAUUUGAUUUGCCUCAAUCUCCCGCAACGCCAGUCAGCCCAGCUGCUCUAUCAAUGUCUUUCUCCUCCCCUGCCUCCCCAAUAGAAAAGACGAAGAAAUCUAGUCCAUUGACCGAUCUUAUCGAGAGCGAAAAGAUCUAUGUGGAGUACUUGACGGGUAUAAUACGAAGAGUAGCCGCAGCGUGGUCACGAUCCAAUUUGCCACCACCGGAGCUCGAUGUCAUGUUUCGCAGCGUCGAGAGUGUGUACAAGACAAAUCGCACACUCCUCGCGAAACUGAAAGAAAUCGGCUCUAAUCCAUCUUCUCCCAAAGCUCUGGGUGACCUCUUAAUGCGCUGGAUCGAUGACCUUGACCGACCUUACACGACGUACUGUCAGAAAUUCGCUACUGGUUUCGAUCAGUGGGAGCCCGUAAAGUCGAACAUCAAGCUUCCAGGCGUUCUCGAGGCGUUCUCGGCAGCUAACCCUCCCUCGAUAGGUGCAAUUCAGUCGUCUCAGCUAGCCGAUCCAUCGUUAUGGACUUUGGAUGCCCUAUUUUUGUUGCCCAAGGGUCGUCUUCUAUAUUACAGAAAACUAUACAACAGACUGCUAAAGAGCACGACACCGGGCAGAAGCGACCAUCGACUAUUGACUGGUGCUCUUGAGAAGUUGGAUUAUUUGUUGGAGACUUUGGAAGGAAGAAGUCAGUCUAAGGUUGGUGGCAGCCAUUCCGCUUCGUCCUCCGCGCUGCCACCUGUCACCUUGGACGUGAAGAAUGAGCCUACCACUUCUCCACCGACGUCCCAGGUGGUCGAAUUCGACGGAACGCACAACCAGCUACUUUCAGGUCAAUUCGGGGGAGGAAGCGCAAGCGCAAAUACAUCCAUUCGUGGAAGUGGUUCGUCAAGCGGAGAGCGGGUUUCCCGGGAAACAGAGAUGACAUCCAUAAGCCGCUACUCUACAACACCCAUGCCUACAUCCAUCGCUGACCUGGAGAAACGCUUAGCAACGGAUACGACGCUGGACAUAUUUACGAUGGAGCCCAAGCUAGUUCGUCUGCAGAUGUCUCCGCCGACGCUGCCUUAUACUCGAGAACUCAAAUUGUCGGCCAGUGUCGUCGUCCGUUUCACUCCUCAGUCGACAGGCGUGGACGUUGUUCACCAACAUGGCUUUGUCUAUGUUUUGUCAGACCUGUUCUUGAUAUGUGAGAAGAUGACCUUGGGCAAUAGGGUUGCAGCGGGUGUGGACGGUCCUGAUGUGCGACUCUGCUACCCUCCACUUUCUGGAAAGGUCCUGAAAGUGACUGAGGUACCUGACCAAGACAACGCACUUCAGAUUUCCAUUAUGCGGAAAGAGACGCUGAUCCUUGAGGCCAAUUCGACUCAUGCCCGCGACGAAAUCAUUAAGGAAUUCAAGGAGUGUAUCGCUUUUGCUAGGACCAUGUCUGGAACCGCUUCAGAGCCAGUGCCCCCCCUGCCCAAAGGUCUCCCUGUGUCGCCAGUGGCUGAUUUUCCUUCUACAAACGAGGGAUUUCCUUCGCGUGAAAAGGUCGACGACAACUUGGCUCGACAGGGUGUUCCACAAGAGCAGAAUUUCGCGCCUCGAAAAACAAGCUUAGGCCACUCUGUCCUAGGCCAAGUUGUGCCGGGGAACGGACACAUCAGUCCAUCUGGUGAAGGUGUUGGUAUGCUCCAGACGCAAAGCUUACAAGGUGCUCAGAGGACACCUUCAUUACACAAUGCUCCUUCUGGAGUCUCGUACCCUGCGCGCAAGUCAUCCACCGCUCAAAUAGCGAAUGCUACACAUCCGCCACCUUCCUCCUUCGGUCUGGGACAGCCCAUGUCACCAGCGCGAAGUGUGAGCGUGAACGGGUCUUCGCAUUCCUUACCAGAUCAGGACCCCGGCAUGGGAGGUGCACCCAACAGGAUAUAUUCUCCUCCUCCUGUUCAAGGAUACACGCAACAGCCACCCUUGCAUCAUCAACCGUCAGUCCAUUCGUUACAUCACACUUCGAUGCAUUCUCUUCACCACCAACCGUCUCUCAAUUUACUUCAUCAACGCCCGUCGAUCCAUCAACAUCUCCGCCCUCCACACAGCGCCCCUCCCCAACCUCAAUCUAUCAACUUUCCUCAACAACCCAUCCACGCUCAGCCAUUUCCCUCUCGGCCUACGGGUCCCGGAGGUCCCCCUCAUGGAAUUCCUCCCCCUCGACCACCGUCUGAGCCGCAGCCGUCCUCAGGGAGACUGCAAAAGUCGGCAUCAUCACGGUCCCUCCACUCUCAGUAUGAGUAUGGUCCAGGUUCGGGUCCGGGUCCCGCACCACCACUUCCUUCCUUACCUGGAGGGUUGCCGAUACCAUCACGACCUUAUGCCCAACGUGCAGAUUCUAUCAGUUCUGUGAACAGCGCCAAUAAUGCUACAACAAGACCUCUCCUCCCAUCGCAGCAGAUGGGUUCCAGAGCGAACUCUUUCACCGAAUCAACUUUCCAAGAUCCUAGUCCUCCAACUUCUCCGAUAGAAGAGCCAAAGCCUCUUGGGCCGGUCAAGUCUACAAUAUCAGGAAAGAUGAAGUGCAGGGUCUUCCACCAACAGCAACAUGCGCAAUGGAAGUCGUUGGGCUCUGCGCAAUUGACACUCUAUCGUCAAGAGCCUACUAACGUCAAGCAGCUCGUUGUCGAAGCGGACUCAAAGGAGAAGACCAUUCUCAUCUCAACGAUCGUGCUCACGGAUGGUGUGGAACGAGUGGGCAAAACAGGUGUUGCCAUUGAACUCAGCGAUGCCAGAGGUGCACGGACAGGCAUCAUCUACAUGAUUCAACUUCGGAACGAGCAGACCGCUCAAGAAUUGUUUGAUAAAUUACUGGCAGGGUCGGACAGGUCGAAAUGAUAUGGGGUGUCGUAGUUGUUCCGCUGGACCAGGGGUCGGUACACCUUUUUUGGUGUUUUCUUCAUCCUUCCGUCAAUCAUUUUUCUUCUUCACACCAUUUACGAAUGCUGGCUGAGCUCCAUUCCAUAUGAAAUACCCUAGACAGGAUAUGCCACAUACCUCCCACUCGACCUUGCAAUCU